AUGUCAGGCGAAAAAUACUACCGCAUGGACCAAGACCGAGCCGGUCUCGAACGCCUCGAUAUCGAGCCCUUCGACAUUGAGUCCAUUCGCUCCGGCUGGUUAACAGACACCUGCAUCCGCGAGAUCGUCGCCCGCUUCGGGAACCUCGCGUCCUCGCGCGUCAACAUCGUCGAUCCCGUCUGGUUCGGCGCGUGGAUCCAAGAGAACGGCCACGCUCCUGCCAUCACUCCAGUAUUCUUCAAGUCUCGCCCAGGCGUACGCGCGGUGACGGGUCUGGCAGUUCCGUUCAAUGAGGGGCAGAACCAUUGGGCGGCGCUUUAUAUUGAUUUGGAAAACUGUGGGGCGAUUUAUUUCAAUACGAUGUCUGAUAUGGAACGAGAUAAUUACGCGAGGAAGCUUAUGUUUCAUUUUUAUGAUGUGUUUAAGGAAUUCUUUGCGGGGAAAGGGCAAAAGAAGUUUGAGUUUGUCGUGGAUGAUAAGUGUGCCAAGCAGGGUGAUGGGGCAAGUUGUGGGAUUUAUGUCACGGCUGCUGUGAUUGAUUUACUGGCGAUGGCGAGACCACGGACGCAGAGGUUGACGGAUGAGCAGAUCAGGAUUUUUAGGGAGAAUGGGGUUAAGUGGUUGAGUGAAGCUCCGAAGUCGUUCGAUUUUUUGAUGCGGGAGGCCACAUCUAAGCCCAAACCGAAAAAUGAGGUCCACUGGGACCCGUCUAUACUUUAG